AACCGAAAGAAGCGUCGAAAAUCAGUUUCUGUGAAAUUCAGUGACGAAAGGAGACCUUAGACAGUAGUAACAAAUUGCAAAUGCCACCGUCAGAGGCCACACAAUCCGUUAUCCAGUCCAAUUCAAAUAUCAAUUUAACACGUUCAACGCUAGGUAACACACGCGUAGUUAGUUCAUCGAAUAUAGGUAGCAACGAUAAUGAUAACGAUACCGCACGCCAAUUAGUUGAUAACAUUAAGUCAAUUGAUCUGGGCCACGACGACGCGGCCAGUCGCAAGGCUAUCAAGCGCAACUCCUCGAGCCUCAUCAGCUUCAAGUCGCUGGACAUUAACCUGAAGAGCCUGUACGCGGGCCUGCGCGCCAGGCAGUCCUCGGGCGAGGGCUCCAGGGGUGGCGGCGGCAGCGGUAGCAGCACGGCGCCCUCGAGUGGCGGCAGCAUCCGUCGCACGCCGUACUUGAAAAUCGAGGCCGUGGACAAGGACGAGGCGGAGUCGCUGCUCACGUACUGCCAGAGCCCGGGCCGCACGCUGGGCCACCGCGGCAGCGUGGACAAAUCACCGGGCUUCCUCAACACACACGCGGACCAAUCGCAGUCUCAGUCCAGUUCGCCCUACCUCUCCAUUAGCCCCCCGCACAUCCGCCGCUCCUCCACAUCGGACAUCAUCGACAAGAAGCCCGCCGGCACGGAGAGCCGCCGCCCCAGCACCAGCAGCCUGCUGCGCAAGGCCAGGGAGCGCAAGGGCAGUGAGUGUGGCGCCCGGAUGGGGCGGAGUAUCUCGCAGGGCGGUCUCACGCGCGGCGGCAAGCGUGGUGGACGCCGCACGAGCAUAGCCUUCUAAGCGCCGGCCCCUUGGCUGUCACCUAGCCGCGCCUAGGCCACCUAGGUGACAGCUGUCAAUCGAGAUAUCGUUUUGACUGAUGUUUGCACGGCUUUCCGCUGCUGAUCUCACAAAAGAAACGCAGAGCAGUGGAAAAUUGUGCAACGCGCCAGAUUAUUGUAGGAUUUGUAAUUUUGCCAUGCGUAGUUUAGGUGCUGUUGACUUCUUUCCUUGACUAUAAUCUGAAGAUGAAGAAAUGAAAAUUGCUCUAACCCAAGGAUCCAAAUCCUUGACGAAUCUCUCUCAAAACUCCACACCAUUUGGUGGGAUUUAUAGACGACCCACUGACGCAGGCGGUAUAUUUGCAAUAAAUACGCGAAUUUAGGAGUGGGUGGACUUUAGAUGACGCAGACGCGCCCUUCGCGCACUUUAUCAUUCGUUGUAAACUUGUAUAAUGCCACAUAUCGCAGAUUCUUGCCAUCCUCUUGCAUCUUGUAGGCCAUAUUCGCCAUACUCCGUGGACAUUUUCCAAUUUUCCCGCUCCAGACUUUCAAUUACAUUUCACAUCCCAAUUGGGAAGAUGUGAAGAGCCAUUCAGUGAAUCCCUCGGUGGAGAGAAAGCUCGUAGUUUGUGCACAAAAACAGCUCUUUUUUUACAAGCGCGCAAAUAAAAGAACGAGUUGGGGAUGGGAAAUUUGCAAUAUUAACAUUGCUUUUGCUCUCUCAAUUGAACACUGAAUCAAUUUUUCUCUCCUUCUCCACCCCUUUUUCCGCUCCCAUACCCCCGGCACAUUUGUGUCCUUUUUCUUGCUUUGGUGGAAUGUGAACCCAAUUCCGAUAUGGCGAAAGAAGGAAGAAGGAAAAUCCCUAUUUUUUAGCAUGAUCAUGAGCAUUUCAAACCAACAAACAUAUGAAUUUUAAAUAAAGAUGAAUAAAAAAAAAUUGUAGAAGCAACAAAAGGCACGUUUUCGCUAUUUUUAUACGGACUGUGAUUUCAUGAAUUAUGAUGAAGAAUAUUUAUUAAAAGAAACAAACAAAUAUCUUAUAAAAGGACAUUUAAAUAAAAGAUCCAAAAAAAUCCCUAGAGAUAUUAAUUUACAGCCUGAAGCAAAGAAAAAAGAGAGCGCGAAUUGAAUAGUUGAAAUGAUGCUUUUUUAAUUAAAAUACAUCUCUUAUCAUAUUAAAAAUGCUCUUCUCGCGAGGAUGUUUGCCGGAGACGCAGUUUUUUCAGUAUUCUCUUUGACAUCCACUUCCUGCCCAUGCAAAAAAGGGAGGAAAUUUACUCAAUCGCCACUAUUUAUAGUAAAAAAGAUGAAACUAACAUAUAAUUACAUUUUAAAUGAAUUUUUGCAAGGAAAUCCACACAAGGAAUAAUUAUUAAAAAGUAUAUAAAAUCAACUUUAGAGCCAAGAAGGAUAUUAAAGUGAAGAGAAAAAGGAAACUGUGUAUUAUUAGCAAUGCCGGAAGUGCAUCUUUUAGUCCAUAAAUAAAGAAAAAAAAACAGAAUUAAUAAGAGGACAAUUUGAAAAUAUAUUUCUUUCAGAGAUGAAAAAAUAUUUAUUGCAAAUAAUAUUUAUCUACUCAAGUAAUAUAUCAUUAAACAAAAUAAUUUCAUACUACAAAAGAAAAAGAAGAAAGUCCAAGGGAAAGUCUUUGAUUGCGGAAUAAACAUAGAUAGACUGUCACUUGGAAAUUUUCAUGAUUAUCCUUGUAAAGGAAAUGGCUAAGCGAUAGAUGGAAAAAGGAGCGGGAGAAAGUGCAGAGGAAGAAUUCUCAAGAGUAAAUCUUCUAUAUAUACAUUAUAUAUAUUUACUAACUUUAGAUAAUAACUGAUCGGUUUUGACUUUGACCUUAAAGGAUAUUACAAAAUGCUUAGUCGACUUUACAUGAUGAGUGAGACGCGUUUGAGGUUCAGCUGCAAUAAAGGCGACACGAUGCUAAAUCGUGUGUUCUGAGCAAAGAGCAUAUAUUAAAUAUAUAUAUUACUGUACAUUUAUAUAUACUACUGAUGAACAACUUGUAUAUUCUGACAAAUUUGUUGAAUAGUUCUUAUGUAUUUGACGACAAAAUUCUAUAUUUACACAUCUUGUAUAAUCUUUAGAAUGACUAUUUUUCAUCGUUGAUAGUGUGUGAAAGUUUAUCUUAUAUAGUUUUGUCUCCGUUGUUGAUUCUCCCUUCUUCGAUAGCAGAAAAUUGUUUAUUGUUACACGUUUUUUUAGAUAGAAGUUUGUCAAAGCUGAGCGAAGUAGUUAAAAUUUUUUUUUCAAAUUCAAUUGAAUUCACCAGGAAAUUUCUGUUGUCCUGAACUUUUAUUUAUAUGCUAUAUUUUUCUAUUCUUGCUGUAAAUAUUUCUUUCAACUAAACUUUUUAGAGCGAGAGUGACAUUUUCCCAAAGUAAAAGUGAGAGAAACUUUCUUCCUGCCAAAAGCACGAAAGAGCCUUUCAUACAGAAAGUAUUAAUAAUAUGAAAUUGAGUGACUUUUUGGGUAGUUUUUACAGUUGAUUUUCACACUUUUUCACUGUUAAACAAUCUUGACAUAGUUUAAUCUCCUUUUAUUAUUAGAAGAGUGAUGAAGAAAUCCGUCUUGAAUUUUAUCAGAAAUUGCAUUGGUGGACAGAGAAAAGACACAAUCAAUUAAACGAAGACAUUUUUCUCCAAUUAUUUUCAGACAUAGCUCUGUAAUCGUCAACUUUCAAGUCACAUCCAUCUUCAUUGGAGAAAGUCUUGAUGAGCGCGUUUGUCCCUUUUUCUCACUUAUUCUCUCAUCAGCGACAAACUCACGCAAUUGCGAAACAAUACGAGAGAAGCAAAAGAAGAGAAUUAUAUGUAAAAUUAAGUCGAAUCAUUGAUAAAAUUUUUGCUAAAAUAAAAUUGAGACAUUAAAUUCACACCAUGCUCUUAUUAAUAAAAGAAAAAAAAUUGCUACAUCAAUGCGAGGGACAGCAAGGGAAAUCUAGAAACAAUAAUUAAAGAAAAAAAUUUGAAUAUUUAAAGAGAAUUAAAUUAUAAAGUAAUAAGAAGCCAAGCUUCGCGAGAAUUUU